UAAAAGUUAUAAUACAGGAGUGUUUUGAUUGGUUGGUGGGCUAUGUUUUCCACCGAUGGAGUUGAAUAAGAAGAAAUUGCAGACUCUCAUUGAGAGGGCAUGGGCUUUGCGUGACAGGUUGAACGAUGAAAUCGAAAACAGUAUCAGCUUCUGCAGGUUUUGUUCAGACCAUGGUCGCUAUUGUGAUAUUGGGCAUACCCCAUUUGAGGAAAGGGAGAGAUUGAUUGCCAUCAGAGAUUCAUUGAAGGAAGUUGAGAACACCCUUUUGCAUUUGCAGAAGUUGCAAUUUUGGCAGCUGACAGAUAGGCAUUCAGCCCUCACUCGAAUGGAGCAAAGCAGAUUAUUUCUCAUAAAACAAGUAAAACAAUAUCAAGGAAGACCCCUGGACGUGGUGAAAGAGUUGAAUUCUUGUUUUGGCAAUGACAAUAAAACUGGGUUUGACAGGAAAGUGGAAGAAAUUACUGUGAAGAAAAACGGGGUUGAAAGCAGGAGCAGAAGGCUUUCCAGUUUUCUCAUUUGUUGCACUAGAGUUUUAUUCAACCCUUGGAUGUGGCAGAGUGGUGUUGGAUUUGCAGUAAAAUUAAUUCUGAUUUCAGCCAGCCUUUCAUCUGUAAUUCAAUUUUAUCAUGCCAAGCAACAAUCUUGCAGUAAUUCACAAAGAAAAAUUGUUUCAGUUACGCAUUCAAAAGAAGCAGAAAAAUUAGAUACUUUAUUAACUAUAUCAAAGAUGCCUCUGGACGUGUUUUGUGGCAGGGGAUGAUUCUUGAUUAGUUUCUUACAUGUUUAAUAAUCGAUGGAAGUACAACUCAAUUUCUUCAGAAAUGUUUCUCUUUUCAUCAUUCUUUUUAAUUUCCGGUGGAUAUAAUAGUAUCUUUAUGCCAUGUAACAACUUAUGCAUGCCAUCCACUUCAAAGCAUCGUGGAAAUAUUUAAAUGAUGGGUUUGGAUUAAUUUAUUUUUAAUAUGUGGUCCACCUUAAUUUAGCGGUUGGAUUUUAUAUUGCAGAUUCAGGUAGCUGGAAUCCCUUUCCAAAAUAUAAACAAAUCAUAUUUAAAGUAAAUAUAUAUGACCAUAAUAAACUUUCCAUGGUUAUUUGUUUCUAUAGUAGGACCAAUCCUAUUAA